AUGACUCCCGUGACGGCAGAAACGGAGUCGGAGAGAUGUCAGUUACUCGAACACGAAACCGAAUCUUACCACCGGGAUGGUAGAACCAGCAAUGGGUUUGAGCUUGGGGAUCCAAGAAACCCUCUGAACUGGUCCCCGUCGAUGAAGCGCGGGAUCGUGAUGUGCCUUACUGCGGCUGCUUUUAUGGUCACCUUCACCUGCAUGUCCGUGGUCCCCAUCGCCAACACCAUCGUCAUCGACCUAGCCACGACCAACCCCCUCCCAAUCCCCGCCGCUCCCAACACCACCACAACCAGAACCACAACCCUCACAACCAACCCGCUCACCCCCCUCACAACCCCCUCCACCGUCCUCCCCAUAACAAUCUGGGAAUUCGGCGAAGCCCUCGGCCCCCUCCUCAUAGCGCCCUUCUCCGAACUCUUCGGCCGCGCCCCCGUCUUCCACACCGCCAACGCCCUCUUCUUCCUCUCCACCAUCCUGUCCGCCUGCUCCCCCAGCAUGCCCCUCUUCAUCGCCUCGCGCGCCCUGACGGGGUUAUCCGUCGCGUCGAAUGUCCUGGGCCCGGCUAUUGUGGGGGAUGUGUUUGUGCCGGAGCAGAGGGGGGGCGCGUUGAGUAUUGUUGGGGUGGCGCCGUUGCUGGGGGGGACGGCGGGGCCCGUGGUUGGGGGGUUGCUAGCGGAGUUGAUGGGGUGGAGGGCGGUUUUGGGGGCGUGUGUUGGUUUGGCGGGGGUGGUGGGGGUUGGGUUUGUGGUUUGGUUGAGGGAGACGUAUGCGCCGGUGAUUUUGCAGCAGAAGAAGAAGAGCGUGGGUGAGGCUAUGGGGAAGGGCGGUGGGUUGGAGAGUGGGAAGGGUGGUAAGGGUGGAUAUGGGGCUGUUUCUGUGUCCCAUCCAGGCAGCCUGUUCUGGGCGUCCAUCGUCCGACCGGCCAGUGUGCUCUGCAGCUCAGGGGUAAUGGUCGGGCUAUCACUGUUCAGCUCAGCUGUGUACGCGCACUUCUACAUCCUCGCUACGACCCUCCCAACCAUUCUCAGCGAUCGGUACGGCCUCUCCCCUUCCGCGACCGGUUCCGCGUUCCUGUUCAACGGCAUCGGUUCCUACAUCGCCAUCCUGGUUUGCCGGACUUGGCUGGACAAGAUCUACGUCAAGCUCCGGGACGCCAACAACGGAGUGGGACUGCCCGAGUUCCGGCUCCCCAUUGCCAUCUUUGCGGCGUUUCUCAUGCCGGCGGCGCUGCUGCUCUACGGCUGGAGCGCCGAGUACACCCUGCCGCUGCCGUUUAUUCUCGUGUCGAUUAUUGGGAUCCGCAUGUCUAUGACCAUGAUCAACGUGCCGGUCAUGGUGUAUGUCGUCGACGCAUGUGGGAUUUACUCGGCCUCGGCGUUUACUGGUAUUACUGUGAUCCGGUCGCUGGCUGGGGCCUUCUUGCCGUUGGGCACUGCCGGGCUGAUCCAUCAUUUGGGGUUUGGGUGGGGGUACACGGCGUUGAGCAUGAUGAAUCUUGUGUUGGCGGUCGUUCCUGUGUUGUUGCUCAAGUACGGGUCGAAAUGGAGGAAGUCAUCACCGUACACGCAGGCCUGA